AAAAUGUGGUAUGUAAAGUGGAUUCGGCUGAUUGUGAUGCUGGCGGCGUGCUGGGCACAAGAGGGCGAGUGGAGCGAGGAUGCUGAAGAUCUUGUGUCAACAGUGGAUGUGGACGCGGUGCUGGGUCGCAUGGCGUCGUUGCCGUGUGACGUCACCCCCGACACUAACGAGGAUCGCGUCUACAUGGUGCUCUGGUUCCGCGCCGGGAAGGCCACCGGAGGAAAACCUAUAUACAGCUUCGACGUCCGAGGAAGAUCUUUCAACAAGGCCCUUCAGUGGUCCGACCCAAACGCGUUUGGUCCAAGAGCGUACUUUGCCACUGUCGCACGACCAGCUUCCCUGACCCUGGACACAGUUCAGCUGGAUGAUGAAGGAGUAUACCGGUGUCGGGUGGACUUCAAGAAUUCACCAACCAGGAAUUUUCAAAUACGACUCUCUGUUAUAGUCCCCCCUCACCAGCUGAUACUGUAUGACAAGUCUGGACGAGACGUGUCGGGUAUUGUCGGCCCCCUGGAAGAAGGCAACGAGCUAGUACUUGUAUGUGAAGUAAGAGGUGGAAGGCCAGCCCCGACUGUAAUGUGGCUGAUCGACGGUACUCCAGCCCCGCAGUACAUCGGAGAGAAGACUGACACACACGUAGUUGUGAACCGCUUGGAACUCCCGCACGUGAGGAGGAACCAUUUGAACACCACGUUCAAGUGCAGGGCUUCAAACACUAAUCUAGUUAGCCCUCAAGAGAAGACUGUUCGUUUAGAAAUGAAUUUGAAACCUACGAUGGUUGAAAUUUUAAACAAGCCGACGUCGCUAUCAUCGGAACGGUUCGUAAUUCUGACUUGCGUAUCAGAGGGCAGUCGACCACCAGCUCGGCUCACUUGGUUUAAGGACAAUAGGAAAUUCAAGAGAGGAAAGAUAACAGAGAAUCAAAACGAGACGUGGGUGAGCAGCAGUCUGCAAUUCAUGCCGCUGCCAGAAGACGACGGCGUCCAGCUGAAGUGCCAAGCGGACAACAACGCCCUUCCUGACCAAAGCAUAGAAGACUCUUUCAAAUUGGACGUCGUAUAUCCGCCAGUGGUGUCCCUGUCCUUGGGUAGCACUCUUAACCCCCUCGACAUAAAAGAGGGUGAUGACGUGUACUUCGAGUGUUCAGUGCGUGCCAACCCUAAGGAGCAUCGGAUAACUUGGUAUCAUAACGAUAAACCGGUGCUUCACAACGUGGUGUCCGGGGUGAUAGUCAGCACAAAGUCCCUGGUGCUUCAGAAAGUGACCCGGGACUACGGCGGCGACUACUCCUGCAGGGCCGCCAACGAGCUGGGAGAGACGGCCAGUCAAGCCACGCAUCUUAGUAUACAAUAUGCUCCAGUGUGCGCCCACAUCUCGCCCCAAGUGCUGGGCGCACAAAUAGACGAAUCCUUGCGCGUGCGCUGCUCAGUCACCGCCAAUCCGCCAGACGUGACAUUCUUCUGGCAAUUCAACAAUAGUGGGGAAAGCCUGGAUGUGUCGCCUGCUAAAUUUGGUACAGCCAAUGGCAGUACAAGCGAGCUCAGUUACAAGCCGCAGAGUGAGAGGGACUACGGGACUCUGAGCUGUAGAGGGAGCAACAACGUGGGCCGGCAGCUGGAACCCUGUGUCUUCCAAGUUGUACCCGCUGCACGACCGUCCGCUCCGCGCAACUGCUCACUAUCAACUGGCAAUAACAGCGUAGAUAACAGCAUUAGUUGGCUGCGCGUGCGCUGCGUCGCUGGCUACGACGGCGGACUACCACAAAGCUUCGUAUUAGAAGCGCUCGACCCCAUCACUGGCAGGACAAGAUUUACUAGCAUUGUCAAUGAAACUGAUGGGCUAGCGGUGUUCAAGCUGGACUUGGCGCAAGUGUCGGCUGCCGGCGACGAGGGCGCCACCUUCAAUUUGCAAAUCUAUGCGAGAAACCUUAAAGGCGAAUCCGAGAACACGUUACUAGAAAACAUUGCCUUUAACGACGCAGCUAGAAGAACAGAUGGCAAAGGCGCCAUGGGCGGUAUCACCCUAGGCGUGGUAGUGGCUGCUGCACUCGGGGUGUCUCUCGCAAUCGGCGGGGUAGCGUUCGCCGCGCUCUGUGCUCGCCGCCGCCGGUCCCAACCUCCCCACAAACAUCCCCCAGGGGACAUGCUGGAGUUGAGCGACGGGGGCAGGAGAUACGUGGUCGCGUAUACUAUCAAACCGUCUCCGGACCUCAAAACGCCAGAUCCUCAACCGGACAUCUUGAAUGCUCCAGAUUCUGAUACGCAACUAACGCAGCCAUCUGAAGAAAUAGAAGAGUGGCCUAGCAUAAAGAAAGUUACAGGUGAUUGGUGCAAAACUGGUGCUGUCUUCUCAGCAGAGGACUUAGCCCUUCUAGACACUGCUGGACGACCGCAACAGAUUUCGCCAGAGAACGACAUAGCACCCAGCAGUAUACAAGAGGACGUUUUGAACCAAAACCUCCCUCAGACACUAGGAAAUAAUUUUAGACCUAACUUCGUAGUUUCUAAUAGUCCUACACUAGGCAGUCCUAAUUUCGUUUGCCCGAACGGCAACGUAGGUUCCCCGUUCGGUAGUCAAAGUCUAACUGGGCCGACAUUGAGCUCGAGUAGUUUAGCUACAUCUACUCUUCAUAGGACCAAAGGUAAAGGGAAUGCAAGGAGAAGAGAACAUGUAUUAGCUGAAAAUUUACCCGGCCCUGAAAGCUGCGUGUGA